AUUACGGUAGUGAAUGGAAACACAAAGCAAAUGUGAGACAGAAGCAGUUACAGUAGUAGUUUUGUUGUCGUUGGUUCGGAGUUACUUCUGCUGCUGAAUGCUGGAUGACAUCAGUUUCGGAAACGAUUUUUCUGUAUGCAAUCUGAAACUGCGGUAGUGCAAGGAUGAAGUUUUUCCAAUCUUUUGACAUACAAGUAUUUUAGCUGUGUGAAAAUAGUUUGCAGUUUCUGUAAAGGAUAAUCUUCAACAAUGCAUUCUCUGAGGAAAUGGUUUUACAGACCUAAGAAGGAGGAUAGUUCUAAACUAGCUCUCUUCUAUUGGGCCGAUGAAGAACUCACGAUGGUGGCUACUGAGCUAGACAGCUUUGAUGGACGUACAGAUCCUGAUCGAUGCUCAAUUUUAGUGAGCCAGUUACGGAUUUGUCAAGAUAAAGUACUAAGCAUUUGCAAUGAUAUAAUGGAUGAUGCAAUACCCGAUAUGAGAGCAAAUAGAGAUUUCAGAGCAAAAUUCCCGGAUGAUGUGCUCCAUGAAAAUCUUGCUGGUCAGCUCUGGUUUGGCGCUGAGUGCCUUGCUGCUGGUUCUAAUAUUAUUCACAGAGAACUUGAAAGUGCUAGUAUGAGGCCAUUGGCUAAAGCUUUAACUCGUGCUUUAGAUAAUGUACGAUGCCUUCUGAGAGAGCAGUCAUUAAAGAACUCUCUUGUCUAUUCUGAUAAGGUGCGAGAAGCUUUAAGGAUAUUUGACAGACUUUUUGCAGAGUUUGAACUUUGUUAUGUGAGUGCUAUGGUUCCUAUAAAGAGUGCCAAAGAAUUUCACUUACAGCAAGAAAUUAUUGUACUAUUCUCAGAGACUCUCAUAAGGGCACUAAAAAUUGGAUUGGUAACGCAAGAAAUGGUGGAUGAUUUCGAUCCAUCUCUGAUGUUUACCAUCCCUCGUCUUGCCAUUGUAUGGGGCUUACUAUUAUAUCCUGACGGACCUUUUAAUGUGGAAAAAGAUUCUGCUGAUAUGUCUGAACUAUUCCGGCCAUUUUGUAAUUUACUGUUCAAAAUAAGAGAUUUACUGUGGACAUUGACGGAAUCUGAAUUACGCGCACUGGAAAAGAUGUUAUGCAGUUUAGAAGAGCCCAAAAUUGACGAGAAAUCGAACGUCAUGGACAAUAUUGCUCUAAAAGCGUCGGAAGACCCUGUUCCUUUUCUUAAUAAAAAUCAACUGAAUUCUAAACAAUUCAUUCAUGAUUUUUAUGCCUACAAUUUCGGGAUCCACUUCCCUGAAAACGGCGUUCCAGAAAGUUCCGACGAUAUUUUAGUGCAAGAGAAACAUUCUGUAGAUGUCAAAAAAUCAGAUAAAAGACAUAAUAAUAAUAUUGAAUUCGAAGUAGAGUUCCAGCACACAGCUGGGGCUUAUACCCUCAGGAAAUCGCCCGAAAUUCCAGAGAGUGACAUGGAGACUUUGGUGUCAAGUGAUUUUGGCAUUUCCGAUUAUGAUGAUAUAUUUUGCAAUGCCCAAAAUAGAGACCGGCUGCGGUUCACUUCAAACAGUGGUGCAAGUGAGAGCAGCCGACGGCAUUCACGGAACAAAGAACUGGAGGAUACUUUGUGCGAUGAUGAAUUAAGGACUAAUAAUCAUCAUGUUGGUCAUUCUAAUGCAAAUGGGAUGAUCCUUCAUUCCUCUAGUGAAGUGCCGAAAAUUGUCACAGAAAACUGUUCUUAUUGUGCUACCAACAAUAAUGACCUUUCCCUGGAGCACACUACUGCUUCUCUUGAGAAUCGCCUUAGUAGAUUACACGAAGACUGCACUUGUGGUGUCGACAGCUCUUCAAGAGAACAUUUAACUCCAUCUAGAGAAAUAAUGAGGCAAGUUAUGAGAAGAGUGGAAAUUGUUCCACCUGGACAGCGGAUUGCUGGUUACAGUUCUGUAGAAAAUAGCCCACGUGCUUAUCAUCAUGGCUUGCUAAGUCAUUCCUUUCCUACUCACCCUGCACAUGCACCACAUUGUUCCCACCUUGAGUUAUCCACCUGUCGCAAGAUGAAAAGGGUAUCUCGUCGUCGCAGUAUGAGGAAUUCCUGUGCUCCUAGUGACAGUGAAAUUGCCUCACCCAAACGCUGUAAUACAAACCACCAAAGCGGUAUCCAUUCAGCACCAUCAUGGAUAGCGAAUCCUACGUACAGCUCUCCCCUCACUAUUCCACGUGUGCAGCGUUUGCGUCACGAAGAGGAAAUUGCUACGAAUAGUGAAACAUACUCAUCUUGUUCAAGUUGUCAGAGCAUUUCCAGUGUUUCUAGUCCAGAAUGGGAUUCAACUAGCCCUGAUACCAGUUCAUAUAAUUCUGAAUGUCAGGAUGAUGAAGAAAUUGCUUUGGCUCUUCAAGCAGCUGAAAUAGCUUCACGAAAUAAAGCUAGAGCAAGGUUCAAGAGCAGUCGCGACCUCUUGCAUAAAUUGUUUGUGUGUGUUUCUGGUGUUGCAGAUCAGCUGCAAACUAAUUAUGCAAGCGACUUGCGAAAUAUAUUGAAGUGUGUUUUUGAUAUGAACUGCAACCAGCAAGACUCUUGUGAUAAUUCCAAAUCCCUUGAAAAUCAAAGUGAUAAUCAUGAACAUGGUUUGUUGCACGAGCCCAAUUUUAGCGAGACAAACAACCAUGUAUCAAAUGAUGAAUCCAGUACAGUUCUGAACAACAAUCAGAGAGAUGACGAUGAAAGAGAUCGUAGCUCUGUUGACAGUGCAGAAGAAGCUGUUCCGGACAAUUCUCCCACUCAAUCUCUAGUCAUACCAAAUUUAAUUCAGGAAAAUGAGAACAAUGUUGGUAUUUUAAAUGCAGGACCUCCCGAAUGGAUGCCAGAUGAACUUAGUUCAAACUGCAUGGCUUGCAAAGUACAAUUCACUAUUUUAAGACGAAGGCACCAUUGUAGAAAUUGUGGAAAGAUUUUUUGCUCCCGCUGCAGCUCGAAUUCAAUUCCUCUGCCUCGAUUUGGACAUUUGAAACCAGUUCGUGUUUGUAAUCAAUGUUUCAUGUACCAGCUUACCAAUCUUGUCAUGCAAAGACAAUUGUUUCAGUGAGUUUUCAAACAUAAAUCCUCUAUGCUUUAAUCUGGUGCUAUAUCACGAACGAAUCAGAAAUGAAAAAAAGUUGUCGAGAAGGAAUUUCUCAGGGUCUGAGCAAGUGGUGAAGGGCUCUUCUAUUACUGUUAUGAUAUUGUGAAUGUACAUAUGUCUUAUUCUAGUUACAGUUAAUGAAGAUAUUGCUUUAUGUACGUUGAAAGUGUUGAACUAUAAAUGAAUUACAUCUGGCCCAAGUGUAUUUUUCCCCAUAAUUGUUUUUGGGAGAGUUUUCCUUUGUUUGACUUGACUGAAAGAGAAGAAUGAAGGAACAAUUUUUACUUUCCAUAUUAAAGUUAUUAAAUUAGGCAGUUGCCAUUUUAUUUAGGACCUAAUAGAUUUUAAUGACGGGAAAUAUAUUCAUUAAAAAAUUCAAAUUUGUAAGAUGCUGAAUAAAUUCAUUCUCAUUUAUCUUCACCUUGUUUGGAAUGGUUAGAAUUAUAUAGGUUUUAUUUUGUUAAUUAAUUUUUUUUUUAGCUUUUUAAAACAUAGUGCUGAGAAUUAAUAAUAAACUGGCUGCUGAUGUUAAAAUUAUAUAAAUACAUGAAAAAAAAAAAGAAUUUUAUUAUUUUUAUAUACUUAUAGGACUUUUUAGAAGCCUAAUUUAAAAUAUUUACUUAUGUAUAUCUUCAAAAAAUGAUUUUUAUUUAUUUAUAGGCCUAUAUAUUUUUAAAAUGAUUUUUUUAUUCCAUUUUAUUUCACCGGUGAUAUGCUACAUCAAAGUGCAAAUGUUAAAUGUAUGCAAUGAUUUACAUGUUUAUUUCGUACUUUUUAUUUACAUAAUAGGUUGUGUUUUUAGACAAUGAUAAGUUUUCUGCAAACUUAAACUGAAUGAUAAAAGUUAUCUUUAAGAUGAGCUUUAAAAAUAGGCAGUUUGUUUUCUUAAUUGUCAUUGAUUAAAUGCUUCAUACUUAUUCUUUUUGAUAUAUGAAAAAGGUUGUAUGUGAGACUUAAUGAUUUCUUUUAGUGUAAAUCUUGUAAAUUGAGUUCUUGUUUUUUGGUAGAUUCUGUGUUUCAUAAUAAAAAAAGUGUGUAUAUUGACUAUAUUUCAAGCAUACAGUUUAAAUACUAUUUCACUGAUAAAAUAAUAUUUUUGUACAUAAAGGAGGUGUCAUAAGAUUUGUUUCAACAAAUAUAACAGUGUAUGUUUGAUAUGGUUUUGAAUCUUUAAGCUUUGUUUUGAUUGUUGUGAGCUAUUUACAUUUUGUUCAAUAAA